UCUCAAGAAGCGACAGUUCAACCAGCACACACUCUCGAUUAUGCCCAGCUCCUUUUCCUGCCGAGAACGUCGUAGCAGGGUGUCGCUCACAGACAGCGCGAAGGCUGGAUUUGCCUCGUUUUGAGCUGUACGUCAUUUUCGUUACAGAAGUCGGGCAAGCGCCUAAUGAUACCCAUCGCAACUUCGUUUCGAGUCAUCCGAAACAAUGAACAGCCAACCGCUCCACAACGGCAGCGGGUUUGACCGCGACCGCGACCUUGACGAGCAACGACAUCGCGCCCUACAUCAGGACGAGAUUGCAAGACGAGAGAGGGAACGAGAGCGAGAGCGAGACCGUGAGCGGGAGCGGGAACGAGACCGUGACCGCGACCGCGAGCGCGACGAGGCAGAGCGGCAACACCGCGAACCCUACCAGCCGACUGCUCCCCACCAUAGCAGCGCUGGCUCGCUUCCGAUUCACCAGCCUGUUGCAUCACGAAUUUCGACUUCCAUUACUGGCCCUGGUGGCCUCCUCGCUAACCACGGAAGCUCCGCCCCGUCUUUACCCAUCGGAGGUCCUUCGGGGCCUGCACCGGGCUUCGGCAGACCCCUCCACGACGAAAGCGGCAGGCCUCCGCAACACGGUGGCCCUGGCGCUGCAUCGGCUCCUCAACAUCAGGUAUUCGCGCCCAUGUCUCACGGCCCAAGCGGCCCAAGUAAUACUCUGAGUGGGCCGGGUGGGCCUGGUGCAAUCUUCGGUGGCCCUCUGCAACAGGAAAACGGUCGAGCAAUCUCUCAGGAAGGCGUCAGGGGAAUGCAACAAUUACCUUUCGCCUCUGGCAUGGGCCCGGCACACGCCAUGCCUCCUGGGCCUGGCGGUAUGCCUCAAGGACAACAGCCUAUCUUGAAUGAUGCUCUCAGUUACCUCGACCAGGUCAAGGUUCAAUUCCACGAGCAGCCGGAUGUGUACAAUCGUUUCUUGGACAUUAUGAAGGACUUCAAGAGCCAGACGAUCGACACGCCGGGCGUCAUCAGUAGGGUAUCCGAACUAUUUGCCGGCCAUCCCAACCUGAUUCAAGGCUUCAACACCUUCCUUCCGCCCGGCUAUCGCAUUGAGUGUGGGCUUGAGAACAAUCCUAAUAGCAUCCGCGUCACCACACCCUCGGGUUCCACGAUUCAUUCGAUUGGGGCCAGCCGAGCACCCCAGCACGAGGCUGCGCAGCCGGCGUCUGGGCCAGCGCAAGGGUUCCUGAACCCGAGACAAAAUUGGCAGCCACCAGUAACGCAUACCGUGGAGAGCCCAGAGGCGACCUUCAGUGUGCCGGCGCAGAAUGGCCCACCGGCAUUUCCUGCCUCAAGCCAAAGCGCUCCCUUUGACGGUACGAGCCCCGUUCAACAAAGAUCUGUCCCAGCUGUGCAGAACGGCACCGUAAAUCACGGCCCCGCUCCACGGAACGCGCACACCCCGACCCCGGCUGCUGGCGGCCCGCCCAGCUCAAACGGAGGAACCGCUCAGCAGGCCAAUCUUGAGAAGCGUGGCCCUGUCGAGUUCAACCACGCAAUCAGCUAUGUCAACAAGAUCAAGAAUCGUUUCCAGGAUAAACCUGAAAUCUACAAGCAGUUCCUGGAAAUCCUACAAACCUACCAGCGCGAGCAAAAACCCAUUCAAGACGUAUAUUCUCAAGUUACAAGUCUUUUCCAUACGGCACCAGACCUUCUCGAAGAUUUUAAACAGUUCCUUCCCGAAUCGGCCGCCCAGACGCGAUCGGCCGGCCAACGCCCUGAAGACAGCAUGCCGGCGGCCGUUACCACCCCUACGCCGCAGCCCGGUCAUGCUGCGCGCGACGGCCCCAAGAUGCCUCCAGUAGGAAACUUCGCGCCGCCGGCCAGUGCAAGCAAGGAGGGCAAGAAGAGGCGCCCGGAAAAGGCGGUUGCUGCCACCACACCCACUACUGCUUCAGAGCAGAUGGCAUCGGCAUCGUCCUCUAUGCGAGCCGCUCUUCCGGCGGGGCCCCCAGCCAACAAGCGGGCUAAAUUGUCGCAUAAGACCGGUGUUGCCGAGAAUGUGAUGAUCGAGCCCACGUUGACGCCCGUCAUGCCAGAGCCUCUGGCACCUGCUCCGCUGGCUGUCUCAGCGCAAGACGACCUCUCCUUCUUCGAAAAGGUCAAGAAGCACAUUGGCAACCGAACAGCCACGACCGAGUUCCUGAAGCUCAUCAAUCUCUGGAACCAAGACCUGAUCACCAAGGACGUUCUGAUCUACAAGGCGAACCAGUUCAUGGGUGGCAAUCCCGAACUUCUCACCGCUCUUAGGGCAUUGGUCCGGCAUGGCAGUGCUGACGAAGUCAUUGAGAACCGACCAGAGCCACCGACAGGAAGGGUCUCCCUCAGCAACUGCCGAGGAUUCGGCCCGAGUUAUCGUCUCCUUCCCAAGCGGGAACGCCUUAAACCUUGCACCGGUCGUGACGAGCUCUGCCAGUCGGUGUUGAAUGACGAAUGGGCCUCCCACCCAACAUGGGCGUCCGAGGACUCAGGUUUCGUCGCCCACCGGAAAAACGGGUACGAAGAAGGCCUCCACCGUAUUGAGGAGGAGAGGCACGACUACGAUUUCUUCAUUGAGGCGAAUCAAAAGUGCAUCCAGCUUUUAGAGCCCAUCGCACAGCAGAUGCUUUCGCUACCGCCCGCUGAGCGGGCUGCGUUCAAGAUGCCAGUUGGGUUGGGUGGCCAGAGCACAUCCAUUUACAAACGAGUGCUCAAGAAGAUCUACGGCCCCGAGAAGGGCUGUGAGGUUGCUAAUGACAUGUUCAAGUAUCCCUUUACUGUGGUACCCGUCGUCAUGGCGCGUCUGAAGCAGAAGGAUGAGGAAUGGAGAUUCACGCAGCGAGAGUGGGAGAAGGUAUGGCAAGGCCAAACCGAGACAAUGCAUCUCAAGAGUCUCGACCACAUGGGGAUCCAGGUCAAGACCAAUGACAAGCGCAACCUGGCCGCGAAACACCUUGUCGACAUGAUCAAGACGAAGCACGAGGAGCAACGCCGUAUCCGGAUCGCCAAGGGCAAGACUACCCGCUAUCAGUUCAUGUACUCGUUCGCGGAUCAAGACCUUCUCUUGGAUCUUCUCCGUUUCAUGGUCAUCUAUGCCAACGUGGGCGGCCAGCAUAAUGCGCAGGAGCGGAGACGCAUUCUGGAGUUCUUUGAGUCGUUCAUUCCUCAGUUCUUUGACCUGCCCGAGGACAGGGUCCACGAAAAGCUAGCAGAUAUUGAUCAUGACUCGGCAGAAGAGGACGAGGACGACCCGACUCCGAUCGAGCUCACCAACGGCCGCGCUCGCCGCAACGGGAAGAAGUCGGAUCUUCUCCGCGGUGUGCUGGACCCUGGCCGCAACGGCAGCCGCAGCCGUGGGCAAAAGGAGGAUAGCGCGGCAUCUGGAAGCAAGGAGACGACCCCAGACGUCGGGUCGGCGAAUGAGGAAGAGAUGCCGGACGCGACUGAUGAUGCUACGGUCCCAGAGGUUUCGAAUGGCCGCUGGCUGCCGACGGUUCCCGGCCCCAUCAUUGUCGAAAAGAGCAAAAGCGGUAACGGAUCCGAUCUUGUCAACGUAGACGGCGAGCUGAAGGCAGAUGCGCCGUUCCCCCGGUCCUGGUACAACUUUUACUGCAACCAAAACAUCUACGUCUUCUUUACCAUCUUCCAGACCCUGUUCAAGCGGCUUGAAGAAGUCAAGCAGAGCAAGGACAGCGUCCUUGAGGAGAUACAGCGCGAGACAGCAGAAAAGCCGGCCAAGAUCCUGGGCCUCGUCCACGAUGGAAUGCAUUACUUUGACAGCGAGAACCCCGACACGUUCUGGCCUAGAACGGUAGAGCUCAUAGAAGAUUUCAUCAACGGUGAGAUCGACGAGAGCAGGUACCAGGAUGUCUUGAGGCACUACUACCUCAAAAAGGGCUGGAAGCUGUACACGAUCCAGGACCUGCUUAAGACGCUGUGCCGCAUCGCGCUUAGUUGCAACAACCCAGAUGCGAAGGGUGAGAAGACCAAGGAGCUUGUCAAGGCGUAUCUAGAGAGUCGCCAACAGGAAGAGACCAGCUUCCAGAAUGAGAUCAGCGCUCGCAAGUUUGCAGAGAAGUGCAUCAAAGACGGCGAGAUGUUUGUUAUCUGCUGGUACCCCAAGAAUAAAGAAGCGACGGUGCGCUGGCUGCAGAAGGACGAGACGACGUUCUACAUGGACGAGAUGGAGCGCAUCCAGCAAUGGCAAUACUACAUCUCGUCGUAUAUGCGCAUCGAGCACACGGAGGGCAUCGUCCGGUCGCGACUGCAAAAGGUGCUCCUCGAGCGCAAUCUGCCAUCAGAUGCCAAAGACUCAUCUGAGGAGGGAUACACGCCCAAGCCAUUAGUGAUACAUGAGGGUCUGGUAGUUAGAAUCUGCCUGAACUCGUCCAAGAUGGUGUUCGAGAAGGGCACGUCGGACUACUUCAUCUACAACACGGGGCGGCCCAGCGCCGACGAGGAGGACGACUACGCGGCCAAGCAGGCGUUUCGGCGCGAGAUCCGGGCCGAGAAGCUCAAGGAGAAGAUGGUCACCAACAAUGCGUGGAUGAAGGGGCUUAGCCAUGAAGAGGUGCAAAAGGUGAACAAUGACUACCAGAGGUGGAAGGAGGGCGAGUUGCUCGCGCCAAUGGAGGCGGCAGACGCCAAGAUGGAUGGUUGAGAUACGGAAUGGACAACGGGCUUCCAUUUGAACUGGCGCAUGGGGCGCAGGGGGAAACUUGGGCAUCGGGGCUCGACGGUAAUCCUAUGGCAGGUCGUUUCGUUUCUGUUUGACUUUUGGCUUUUCUUCCCUCAUGGGUAUAGCUACCAGGGCUGGCGAAGUCGCUCGUCGCGUUUUAUCUUCAUCUGGUCGACUUCUGCUGCACAGAUUACUGCUUGCCGGCUUAUUUACUGGUUUCUCCUGUCCUGUUUCUGGACCGAGUGCAGCAGUUCUUUUCUUGAGGCGGUCAAUUCACGCAGGAAUCGGUGAGGAGGGGUCUCAGAAGGAAGGAAAGGGGGAAAGGUUGGCUCAAAGGAGUGAGGGAACACGCUGCCUUCUGGAGCCUAUAAUCCUCCUACUAUGUAGUAGUACGUAGUCUUCGAUUAGAGACAUGGCAAUUUUAUUUCGAC